UAAUGUGGGAGGAAUAAUAUCUUCGGCUUUUUGCUGGAUAUACCAGACCACUAUAUACCAUUGAAACUGCAUCAUUUGAUUGGGAGAAGUCUUCUGAAUUUUCUCUGCAAUUUGAAAGAAUGUCAAAAAUUAGAGACAGAACAGAAGAUUUUAAAGAUGCUGCACGUCGUUCGGCAUUGUCUUUGGGAUAUGAUGAGUCCAAAACAGCUGUGUUAUUGGCAUCUUUUAUCAUGCAUAAACCUCGGCAAAGGUCAGGAUUCACUAGAGCUGCGCUUAAAACGCUGGAGAGCAUUGGAGCUCUAGAGCAAUUUUUGAUGAAACACAAAAAGGAUUAUGUUGAUUUGCACCGUACAACAGAACAAGAGAGGGAUAGCAUUGAGCAUGAAGUUACUGUUUUUGUAAAAUCAUGCAAAGAGCAGAUAGAUGUUCUCAAGAAUAGUAUAAAUGAGGAAGAUGCACAUUCAAAGGGAUGGCUUGGAUUCAAGGGUGACAAUCUGAAUGCUGAUACUAUAGCACACAAGCAUGGAGUGGUUUUAAUUUUAAGUGAAAAGCUUCACUCGGUCACGUCACAGUUUGACAAGUUGCGGGCAAUACGCUUUCAAGAUGCUAUUAACCGAGUAACACCAAGAAGGAAACGGAAGAACUCUACUAAAUCAAAUGCUGCAGAGGCCUCUGUGUCUAGUAGUUUCGACCCCGACAUGAAAAGGGACUCAGAGAUCAGGGACUCUGAUAUAUCACAAGCAGCACCUAUUAGAGUCCAAGAACAACUUUUGGACAAUGAAACACGUGCCCUCCAGGUAGAGCUGAACAGUCUCCUGGAUUAUGUUCAAGAAACAGAAACAAAGAUGGUGGAAAUGUCUGCGUUGAACCAUCUUAUGUCAACUCAUGUUUUGCAACAGGCCCAACAGAUAGAGCUAUUAUAUGAGCAGGCAGUUGAAGCAACCAAGAAUGUGGAACUUGGUAACAAAGAACUGUCACAAGCCAUUCAACGGAACAGCAGUAGCAGAACUUUUCUUUUGCUCUUUCUGUUUGUGCUUACAUUUUCAAUCCUCUUCCUUGAUUGGUAUAGUUAACCAUAAGAUAGAAAUUCUCUUUUUGCUCUUUCUAUUUGUACUUACAUUUCCAAUCCUAUUCUUAGAUUGGCAUACUUAAUCAAAGGUUAAACUUUUCUUUUGAUC